AUGGAUGGACAUGGUACAAAUGAGGUUGAAUUGAAACAGAUAAUGGUGAUUCUGGCUCUUCUUCUUCUUCUUCUUCUUCUUCUAUGGGUAGCAGGAAGGAUACAGUAUAAGAGAUGCAAAAAUCUAUUGGAAAGUACAGGAAAUAACAUUGAUGGAGGCCUUACAGGGUUUCAAGUUUUGGAGCUCCAUGGAGACAAUUAUAGUUUAACAGUUUUGGAUAUUGAAAAUGUGAUAAUCUUGAAGCAUAAACCACUGUCGGUGUGUCAUGAGGAUUUUGAAUCUGGAAGGAGUAGAGCAGUGAAGAAACUCAGUGAGACAUUUGAGAAAAUUUUCUGUGGCAACUCAAGUCUGGUACCAUCUCAAGAUGCUAGAGGUAUCAUUGGCUCUUUAAGCAAAGGUGUCACAUGUCGGGUUGGGGGUGUUGCCAUAUGUCAACCAAUGAUGGGUGACAUGUGUCGAGCUAUUGUAGGGCCACGUAGUGAUUAUGAUGACGUGUGGGAUAUGCUUACUAGUAAAAAGUUGUUUAGUCUUGAAGGUCCUGGUGCUACAGUGGUUUCCGUCAGUCCUCCCAACAACAAAAAUUCUAAUCUGCUAACAAUCACCAAAAGCCAGAACAGGGGAAGGAAGCAGGGGCUCUUAUUAAAUGGAAACACAGCCUUGAUAGCAAAAGCCAGUCUUUCCUGUCUUCAUGGGUUGAAAGGAGCAACCAUUGCAAAUGGGCUCCAUUCUGCCUGCACUAGGGGGGCAGCUCAUCUACAAGAGCUUGAUCUCUCCUCAAAUCAUCUCUUAGGAAAGAUUCCAGAGGAAUUGCAAAACUUGAAGUUAUUACUCAAACUUAUACUAAGUGGCAAUCAAUUAUAUGGUGAGAUUCCUUCUGGUAUUGGAAUGCUAGCUGAUCUAGAGCAAUUACACCUUGUAGUAAACAAUCUAAGUGGCCCAGUUCCCAAAGAAGUUGGAGAGUGCUUAAAGUUAUGGCAAUUGAAUUUGGAAAAUAACAAACUUGAAGGAAAUGUUCCUUUUAAGAUAGCUAACAUGAACUAUCUUCAAAUCCUUGAUUUGAGUUCAAAUUUGCUGACCGGAGAGAUACCCUCGCAGCUUGGACAAAUGAAACAUUUAGAAACUUUGAAUCUCUCUCACAAUUAUCUUUUUGGUUCCAUUCCAUCCUCUUUUAAUGAAAUGUCAAGUUUGAUGUUAGUUGAUAUGUGUUACAACCAGUUGGAGGGUCUUAUUCCUGAUUCUAAAGCUUUUCGUGAGGCUUCAUUUGAUGCAUUCAAAAAUAAUAGAGCCUUGUGUGGUAAUGCUUCAGGUUUAAAGUCUUGUAGAAUAUGGGAGUGUUUACAAGUUAAGUUAAGCUCAGGUCAAGUUGUUGCUGUGAAAAAGCUUCACACAAGUGUCGAUGGUGGGAUGUCUCAUGUCAAAGCUUUAACAAGAGAAAGCCUUGGAGAUGUACUGAGAAAUGAGGAAAAUGCAAGAGCAUUUGAAUGGAGCAAAAGGGUAAAUGUUGUGAAAGAUUUUGGGAUGGCUAGGAUUGUUAAAACUGAGUCAUCCAACUGGUCUUCAUUUGCAGGAACUUUUGGAUAUACUGCUCUAGACAAGGCUUUCCUAGAUGGGACCACUUCGAGUGCUCGAGAAGGACCUCAAGGUGGUUUUAUCACAUCUACAUACAUGUUAUAUGACUCCUCUCUUGAUCAAGACAAAAGCAAUAAACUCUUUGGAUACACCACAAAUUAG